CGCAGUGCAGCGCUGGGAUACCUGGCCGUUAUUAUAAACCGCUCUAGAAGACUCUCCCGAUAUCGAACAGAAAGCCGACUCGUGCGAUCAGCUCCCAAUCUAUCGCUACGACGGACGUGCCUUAGGUGUGGCCCUCGAGAAUGUGACCGCUCAGGGUCCUUACGGUGGUCAACGGACCGUGCCUGAUCUCCCGCAACUUCUUCUUGACAUUCUUCGUUCACCGUGGCACCUCCUUCGAUCUACUUUCACCCGACAAACACCCGCUCGUCGCAAUAUCGUGCAGGACGUUUCCGGGGUGCUGUUCCCGGGCGAGACCAUGCUAGUCCUUGGCCGCCCUGGAGCGGGUUGUACCACCGUGCUCAAGAUAAUUGCCAACACUCGCGAGUCAUUUGAUGCUGUCCAGGGGGAGGUGCACUAUGGAGCACUGAGGGCGGAGCAAAUGACCAACGAGCUGAAGUCAGAAGUGGUCUACUCCUCGGAAGAUGAUAUUCAUUUUCCGACGCUGACCGUGGCAGACACACUGGACUUUGCUCUCAAGCUACGGAAGCCGGCCAGUCACCCCGGUCGCAACGCAUCGUUCUCCGCUGAGUAUACGCAGCGGUUGGUUAAUGCUCUUGGAAUCGGGCAUACAAAGAACACCAUAGUGGGCGAUGCAUUCAUCCGAGGUGUCUCUGGGGGUGAACGCCGCCGGGUCUCCCUCGCCGAAGCUAUGGCAAUCAACUCCACCCUGGUGAGCUGGGAUAACCCGAUCCGUGGGCUGGACAGCUCCUCAGCUCUGGAGUUUCUUCGUUUACUCAAGCGCAUGUCGCGAGCGACGGGAAUGACAAAUAUCGCUACGCUCUACCAGGUAUCUGAGAACAUGUAUCAAGAGUGCUUCGACCGCACUCUGGUGAUGUAUGAUGGGAGGAUGAUCUUCUGCGGCAGUAUCCACGUGGCCAAGCAAUAUUUCCAAGAACUGGGCUUCUACUGCCCGGAACGCCAAACGACCCCUGACUUCCUCACCUCUGUGACCUCCCCGGUUGACCGUACGAUUCGUUCAGAUUAUGCGGGUCCUCUCUAUUUGGACCCCGAUAGUCUUGCCGAUGUUUUCAAGCGCAGCACCCACUACGCGCAACUCCAGAAAGAGCUGCUGCAAUAUCGUACUGCUGCGCAGAAGGAUCCGGCCGCCUUGACAGCCCUGCGACAUGAUGUCGGUAAUGUACGGUCGAAACUGGCAUACAAACACGCGGUUGAGCCUGCGACAAUCUGGAAGCAGAUCGCCGUGGGCACCGAACGUACCUACCGCUUGCUCUGGGGCGAUUGGAAGACCCUACUUACCGUUGUGAUUCUGUGUGCUGUAAAUGCAGUCAUCACCGGGUCGGGGUUCUAUGCAGCUCCGCGCACCGCCGCGGGCUCGUUUGAACGGAGCGGUGCCCUCUUCUUCGCGGCGACCUACUUCUGCCUCAAUGCCUUGACUGAGGUGGGCAAAACCGUCAAUGCCCGGGCCAUCCUACUGAAGCAGCAUAAUAUGGGCCUUCUUCACCCGGCCGCCUAUGCAGUCAUCCAGACCGUCACUGAUAUUCCGUCUGCUCUGAUCCAAACCACAGUGUUCGCCUGCUGCUACUACUUCCUAAUCGGGCUCAGCGAGACUGCCUCGCAAUUCUUCAUCUUCCUCCUCAUUGUCUUUGCACAUUACUCUGCUAUUGCGACUAUGUUUCGCAUGUUGGGCGCCUGGGCCCCAGGCCUCAAUAUUGCUCAUCUCUUGGCGGGCUGUGCUCUGCCAGUUGCCUGUCUGUAUUCCGGAUAUGCUCCACCUGUGCCCACCAUGCAUCGCUGGGGCUCCUGGAUCCGCCGCGUGGCUCCCACUCCUUACGCCGUGGAGGCUAUGAUUGGAAACGAGUUCUGGCACAUGCAGCUCCAUUGCACCGAGUCACAACUGAUUCCUCACGGACCGGGUUACGAUGAUAUCCGCUACCAGGCAUGUCCCAUGGCAGGAGCCCAGGAAGGUUCAGCCUCCGUGGACGCCGCCGUCUAUGCGGAGAGCAUGUACGGCUAUACCCGCGCCCACCUAUGGCGGAACUUCGGGAUUAUCCUGGCCUUCUGGUUUCUAUACAUGGUUCUUGGUGCUGUGGGUCUGACCUUCAUGACCCGGGAUAGUGGCAAUGCAACCGGUCCGGUGUUCAAGCGUGGUGCCGUCAUCCUGCAACGAGCCGAGAGCUCGAUGGCAAGCAAUGGAGCCCGUGACGAUAGCGCAGCGGAGAAGGGUUCUGUCUCUGGGCAGUCAGAAACCGACGUAGACGAGGUCGGGGCCAGCCCCCGGCCGGGCCAUACUCAGCCAUCGGUGAACCGUGCCUCCUUCACGUUUGAGGACCUUUGCUACACGGUCACAGUCGGAGGCGGCGAAAAGCAGCUCCUGGAUCAUGUCUCCGGAUACGUCAAGCCUGGCCAGCUGACUGCACUGAUGGGGGCUUCCGGGGCGGGUAAAACCACCCUGCUCGAUAACCUCGCCCAGCGGAAGUCCGAGGGCCGUACAACGGGCAGUAUUCGUCUGGGAGGCGAACCGCCGCACCCGCUGUCGUUCGCGCGAUCCUGCGGCUUCUGCAUGCAACAGAAUGUCCACGAUCCCACUACCACGGUGCGAGAGGCGCUGCAAUUCAGUGCUCUGCUUCGCCGGCCCGCUGAGGUGCCCCGCGAGGAGAAGCUUGCCUAUGUGGAGCAGGUGAUUUCCCUGUUGGAAUUGGAGAGGAUUGCCGAUGCCCUGGUGGGGAGCACUGGGGAUGGCCAGUUGAGUGUUGAAGAGCGCAAGCGGGUGACCAUCGGGGUUGAACUGGUGGCGAAACCGUCGGCACUUUUGUUUCUCGACGAGCCAACAUCCGGCCUGGAUAGUCAAGCCGCGUAUUCCAUUGUGGCUUUCUUGCAGAAGAUCGCCCUCCAUGAGGGCGUCCCGAUUGUGUGUACUAUUUACCAGCCCUCGGGCGUGCUGUUUGAGAUGUUCGAACAUAUCAUGUUGCUCGCGCCUGGCGGACGAACGGUCUACUUUGGCGAAACCGGGGCGCAUGCCUCGACCGUUGCGAGCUAUUUCGCGCGAUACGGUGCGGUGAUGGGCCCCGCUGACAACCCGGCCGAGUUCAUCAUCUCCACCGUGGCGGGCGACAAGGCCAAGCAGGACUGGCCGCUCAUCUGGAACGAGUCGCCGGAGCGCCAGGCGCUCCGCGAGAAGAUCCGCGCCAUCAAUGCGGCCCCCUUCACCCCUGCGAAUGCUGAUAGGCUUGGGGGCCAAGCUAGUGGCCGGUACGCUAUGCCGCUGGGGCAGCAGAUUCUGAUCCUCACGCAGCGCCACUGGAAGGCCGUGUGGCGCAACGGGCAAUACAACUUCAGUCGCCUGGCCAAGUCCAUCUUCUUCGAGCUGUUUGUCUCGUUCACCUUUUUCCACGUCACUCGCAGCACCUCCGGCCUGCAGAACCACAUGCUGGGCAUCCUGCUGUCGAUCUGGAUCGUUCCCAGCGUGGCCGCCGACGUGCAGGCCGUCUGGUACGAAAAGUGGGCGAUCUUCGAGGCGCGCGAGCGCAAUGGCGUGUACGACUACAAAGCCUUGCUGGCGGCGCUGAUCCUGGUCGAGAUCCCCUGGUUCCUGGGCCUGUUCACCCUCAUCUUCCUCAUGACAUACUGGACCUUCGGCUUCGCCGGCACCGCCAGCAUCGCCGGCGUCGUGUACGGCAUGUACCUGCUCUUCGCGCUCUUCGGCCUGGGCGUGAUCUACCUCAUGGCGGCGUUGUUCCCCAACGCCACGAUGGCCGGCUACGCCAUGUCGCUGUUCUGGGUGUUGGUGCUCAUGUUCUCUGGCACCGCCAACCCUUAUACCGGCCUCAACGACUUCUACCGGCCCUGGCUCUGGUGGGCCGACCCGCUCACCUACUUCUUCGAGGCCACCGUCUCCACCGUCCUGCACGACGUCCAGGUGCAGUGCGCCUCGGGCGAUUUGGCGGUCUUCGACAUCCCCCACGGCACCUGCCGCGAGUAUCUGGGGCCCUACCUCGAGAGCAAUCCGGGCUACCUGCUCAACCCCUCGGCCACCCAGGCGUGCGAGUUCUGUCCGUACUCGGUUGGGGAUGAGUACGCCCGCUCGCUGCACUUUUUCUUUCAGGACCGCGGCCGCGACGCGGGCGUGUUUCUGGCGUUCUGCGUGACGAACUUUGUCUUGUUGUUUGGGGUGACUUGGUUGACGCGCGUGCAGAUGCGGAGGUGGAGGAAGUGAAGGCGCGGUUGGAUGGGGGGGUGGGUUGAAGCUAGAGGCUAGAGCAAUUGACUAAGAAGGUAUAUGGAGAGAUGUGGAGAUAGAGAUAGAAACAAGGUUCGCUUGAAAAUAAAUCUGGCUUAUAUCAUGUCAUAUUAGUG